UUUCACAGACAAAAUCUCUCCCAAAAUGUUUCUUGAUCUCCUAACCGCGUCUCAGAUCCAACUGAAGGCAAAUCACGCAACAUCACAAAAUUUUAUACACGCUUUUUGUGUCCUCAUGGAGAGAACAUCACCAUAGAGAGAUCAUGGCACGGGUAUCAUUAAAUUUAAUAAUACAUCAAAAUCUGACUUUAGGUUUUUUUUUUCCUUCUACCUUCGCCGCAACCAGCUAUGAGGGCAAUUAAUUUGUCUAUUGGCGGGCUUUUGCGAAAACGUGGCGGGGUUCAGCGAAUGUUUGGAUCAUGCUGGAUGGCUCAUCAGGCCAUAUGCAAAAAAAAAGUUACUUCCUCGUGAUGGCAAAAGAGAUGAUGGAAAUUUUUGAAAGUUUCAAGGAAUUUAGUCAAGAACAUAUCGAGGAAUCAACAGUGAGAAUUUAAAAUUUUUAUAUUCCAUGAAACUUUCAAUCCAUUCUCGAUCAAUAAAUGGAAUGUUUAGCUUUAAGAUAUUUUUUGUUCUGAAGAAGUAAAUCAAUUUAUUGGGCGGUUUUAGAAGCCCCGUGUCUCACCGGGAGACAAACAAUUUUAUUUGCAAAGAAUAAAUACGUCAUAACUGAUGAGAAAAACAUUGACCGAUUGACCAUGGAUUUUUUUAAGAAGAAAAAUUGAUUAAUUAAAAAAUAUGAGCUUGUUUACCCCAAUAAUAACUCUCAAUUCUUGUAGUAAAAAUAAAUAAAUUGAGGCAUUUUAUUUGAAUUUAUAGUAAAAGUCUCCAACUGAAAUUGUAAUCAUUUAAGACUAAAUGAUAAUAAGCAGCAUGAAAUUCUGUUACGAUUUAUGUUUAAUUUUUAUAAUUAUUUAUAGCGUUGCAGUGUGUUAGGAAGGAAUAAUAGAGAGAAACUCCUUUAAAUUUAUAUGACCACAGAAGUGGCCAUCUUAGCUAUAUCAUUGCCAGCGCGUGGGCAACACAAUAGCACCAAGCUUUGGGAUUCCCUUUGAGAGAACUUUCAAGAGUGGACUCUCAACAAGGAAGACCAAAAUAUAAUCCCACAAUAGUUUUAUUCUUUUGAAAUCGAUGAACUUGAUGGUACCUAUACCUAUAUUUUAUUUUUCAACUGCAUUUGGAGGAGCAAUAAGAAAUGGGUUGGGCUCUUGUAACGCGCAUGUUGCUCAAGACAUGAUGAUGGUCUUCAAGUGUCGCCACAUUGAGUAUUUGUCGAGUGUUUCUAUGCGACAAUGUCCAAGAUCUCGCGCCCAUUAAAUUUCAUGGCAUAGGGCUGAAAGUUUUACCUUCUUGCACGUGCAAUUGAUGGGAGGGAAGCUUUUAAAGAGUCACAUCACGUAGAGAGUCAAUAGUUCUAACACCAUAAAUACUUUCGACUCUCUAGUUUUUUUCUCACUUCUUUUGCCACAUCUCAAAGUAAUUUUAUUCACUCUUGUGGAAUUUCGUUUUCAUAAUGUCUCUAAAAGAUUCCGCAUCAAGGUGUUUGUAAUAAUAAUUGCUGAAGAAGACAAUUUUUAUCUCACGUAUUACACAUUUAGGAUUAACAUGAAAUUUUGGGGGUCAAGAACAUGUGGCUUAUUAUAAUUCUGUAGGUAAUUUUUAUGUGAAUUUUAAUGGAUGAAGUUAAUGCUCAUUUAACAUAAAUGGCAGAAAUUUAAAGACUUUGCCCUAUUUAGGACCUUAAUUUGUAGGAAAUGCAAAAAGUAAAUUGUUGCAAAAGUUUUUAUUCUCUAAUACCUUUUAUGUAAAGGAGUUUAUUCGCUUUCCAUAGAAAUAAAAAAUCUUAUUCGAGGAAAUAAUCGGGAUAUGCGUAGAUAUGUAGAGGAAAAAUAAAGGAAAAAGAAUCCCCAAAAAAUUCCAUCUUCUACCGAGAGUAUGUUGAGAACAACCGGUAAAAAUUUGAUUAAUCAAUAAUUUUUUAAAAAUAUUUUUUUUGUAAAAGUUUAGAACUACAAUGAGAUAAAUUUAAAUUUAUAUUUCACCUGAAAUAUAGGUAUAUUUUUUUAAAUUAACCCGUGAAAUUCUUAUCGAAAGCCCCUCAAUAAAUUAGUUCAGAAUCUGGGUGAUUGCUGGGGAAAUUACAUUGAUUGCUGGACAUUUCCAGAUUCAAAGAUCAAAAUGAAACAUUGUCACCAAACUCAAUGGGAAUUCCGCGUGUGUUAUCACCCACAAUGAAAAAAACAAUCAAUGAAGUUUCUUAUCAAAAAAUCUUCCAAGUGAGUAUAAAAAGACCUCAAGUUGGGUGAAAGACAUCAAAAGUGUUAGAAGAUCUUCAGAGAAAGUGUCUACAAGUCAAUUAAAAAACCUUUUUUAAAAUGUUCAAGUUCAUCAUCCUUGCAACUCUCUGCACUGCAGCACUAGGACGUGAAUACCCAACGCCACAUGACUUUAUUGCUGGCAUAAAGGCAGCCGAGGAGGGACUUCUUCCCGAGGUGGACAGUUUCAUCAUUGGCGGCAGUACUGCUUCUCCAGGACAAUUUCCCUACAUCGCAUCAAUUCGUAGUGCUGCCAAUGCUCAUUUCUGCGGAGGAAUCCUUGCCAAUAAUCGCUGGAUUGUCUCAGCUGCUCACUGCACCGUUGGCCGAACCCUUGCCAACACCAUCAGCGUCUUGGGAGCACACUCCAGAACUUCUGGCGGUACCACCUUCACCUCUGCCCGAAUUGUUAAUCAUCCGCAGUACAACGCAAACACAAUUGCCAAUGAUGUCUGUGUCAUCCAAACUACGAAUCCCAUCACCUUCACCAAUCUCAUUCAGCCCAUUGCUCUGGGAUCUGCUCAUGUGGGUGGCGGAGUUGCAGCCGUUGUGUCAGGAUGGGGCGUCACUUCGUUCCCAGGUGGAAGCUUAGCAGCCAAUUUGCAAUUCCUCAAUGUGCAGACAAUCACAAAUGCUCAAUGUAGCCAAAGUGUGGCUGGCAGUGGAAGUCUCAUCUUUGCUCACAAGAUCUGCAAUGCUGGAAUAGUCGGGCGUGGACCGUGCUCAUCGGAUUCUGGUGGACCAUUGGCUGCUGGAAAUACUGCCAUCGGCAUUGUUUCCUGGGGCAUUGGGUGUGCCAAUGGAUUUGCAGAUGUCUACGAUCGUGUCUCAUCUCACAGAAAUUGGAUCAUUGGACAUUUUUAAAUAUUUCAAAGGAUUUUUUUUUAAAUAAAUAAACUAAUUUUUCCAAAGUAUAAUAUUUUUUACUUCAAAACUGAGCUUCCACAGACAAGGAUUAACCUUUGAUUUAUCUCUAGCAAAAUAAAGAAAAUUUUUCAAUUUAAAUAUUCUACUAGACAUGUCAUGGAAAGUCAAACAAUAAAUCAUUUUCCAGGGUUGUUUUUUGAGAGGUAUAUCGACUUAAAAGGAAUGCAGCAAGUUAUUUUAUUGGUAUAUGCAUAUUAAACUUUAGUACGUCUACUUGAAAGAAUUCGCAAAGAAUGUUCUUAUCAAUACAUUGCGAAAUUCUUCAAAGUAUUUUGCCAAUAUAAAGACGAUCUCCUGAAUGAAUUUCUUCGCAGUUUAGUUCACAUUGU